UAGAGGUAAUGGAAUGACGCAGACUCAUACAAGUGUUACCUGUUACACCAUCCUAAGAAUCUACAAGUGAGAAUUAGUCAGACCUUCCAUAAAACCCAUUGGUGAAACUCACGAUGACUCGUCAAAAAAAAAUCCUGGAAUCCUACAGUUUCUAAAUAAACAGGGGGAGCAAUGAGAUGAAAUCGUAUAACUAAUGAACUGAUUACAUGUAUUUCACAAAAGAAAGUGCGUAUGAUACACAGGUUGAAAUGGUGCCGUAUCAGUUGAAUACCCUGGAAUGUUACUCUUAACCACAGUUUCCUAUGCGGUACGAUAGUUUCGCCCGGUUAUAGACUCAACAAGCUUAAAUAGUACAGGACUCUGCUCCCAUAGAUUUGUGGUCCUCAAGAGAAGGCAACUCCGUACACGCUAACCUCCUUUUCUUUACACAAAGAAAACAAAACUAUCUUGAACAAGAUGAUAACCGAAGUGAUACUUGGAAUACUGCUGGUCAUCCUGCUGUGGAAAGCCUGCCUCAAGAAGCCAGCUGGUCUGCCUCCGGGUCGCUGGGGUUUACCGUUGGUCGGAUACAUUCCCUUGACGAGUAAGUCGAUGGAAGAUCAGCUUCUGGAUCUGAAUAAGGAACACGGGGACAUUUACAUCUGGAGAAUGGGAACGCAAGUGAUGGUGUUCCUCCACAGCUACGAGAUGUGCAAAGAGGCUUUCGCGAGACAAGAGUUUACACACCGGCCAGAUUGGUCUUUCUUCACCCUCAAUGAGAAAGUGGCAUUAGGGGUGGGCGGCAGCAACGGCUCUCAGUGGCACACCAACCGACGCUUCACCCUUCGUCAGCUGAAGGACCAGGGCAUGGGGAAGUCCAUUCUGGUGUCAGGGAUCCACGAGCAAGCGGAGAUGCUGAUUGGGAAGCUGCGGGAACAAGCGGGGAAGUGUGAGGCCGUGCCGUACGCCGUCAGGGUCGCCGUCGUGAAUGUGAUCUGGCAUAUGGUCGCGGGCAUGACCUACGGCGUGGACGACCCAAAGCUAAAGGAAUUUGUCGAGCUCAUGGACGAAUUUAACGAAUAUUCCUUCUACAAUGCGAUCCUCGACGUCUUCCCUUGGCUGAAGAUCAUCCCGGACUUUAUAAAGAACCGGCUGUUCUUCCUGGAUAAAAUAAACAACGCCGACACGAAAUUUAUGAAUUAUUUCUAUGAAGUUAUCGAAGAGCACAGGACCUCCUUAGAUCCCGAUAAUCCACGAGACCUCAUAGACGGCUACCUGCUGGAGAUGGAGGGGGCGGACCAAGAGGAGGUCGUGCGCAGCAAGAAGGACCUGGCGAUCCUGAUUCUAGACCUGUUCUUCGCCGGGAGUGAGACGACCUCCAGCACCCUCACCUUCGCCAUGUAUUACCUCGCCGCCUUUCCGGAGGCUCAGCGGAAACUGCAGGAGGAAAUUGACCGCGUUCUCCCCGGCGGCGACCUGCCCACGCUGGAGGACAGAGCGAGACUCCCGUAUCUGGAGGCCGUUAUUCACGAAGUCCUCCGCAUGUCGUCUCUCGUCCCCGGGGGAGUUCAGCACUGCGCCACCAGAGACACGCAAUUUGCAGGAUAUACUAUUCCCAAGGGCUCGAUCAUCAACUCCGCAGCGGCGUCUAUCCACUUCGAUCCGAGAUACUGGGACCAGCCGGAGAAGUUUUUGCCUGAGCGUUGGCUAAGCGAGGAUGGGAAAUUCUGCACCAAGAGAGAGGGCUUCCUUCCCUUCGGCGUUGGCAAACGCGUCUGCCUGGGAGAGUCCUUGGCACGCAUGGAGAUCUUCAUUUUUAUCGCGGCUGUGUUCAGGAAUUUCACCAUCUCGUCGCCUCCAGGAAGUCUAGUGGAUGUCACGCCCAAUCCAGACCAGCCCAUGUUCCACAUCCCGAGAAAGCAAGACAUUUACGUAACUGAAAGAAAGUGAAAAGGGUAAAGGUUUGAGAAUAAGUCUGUGAUUGUUUAAAAAAGAUGAAUACGUUGAAGAAAGUGAUUUUUUUUUUUUUUUUUUUUGAGGGGGGGGGAUAAGUUUAUGAUUAUAGUCAGAAUUGUUAUAUGCAAGAAAGUGAAAAUGCAUUUUUUUAGGGAUAUGUCUAUGAUUAUAAACAGGAUUGUUAAAUGCAAGAAAGUGAAAAUGCAUUUUUUAAGGGAUAUAUCUAUGAUUAUAAACAGAAUUAGUAAGUACGAGAAAGUGAAAAUAUGAAGUUUUGAGGAAAUGCCCAUCAUUAUGAAGAAAAGUAAAUGAGAGAAACAGGAGAGAUGAAAAUUUGAGAAUAAACCCAUGGUUAUGAGCAAGAUUAGUAGGCGCAAGCAAGCGAAAAGGUAAUUUUAUUUUAGAGGUUAAACCCAUGAAGAAAAUUAUUUAUGGAGCGCAAGAGAAAAUGUUAAGUUUUAAGGGUACGCCUAUAAUUAUAAAGAAGAUUAGUCACAAGUUUCUGUAAUAAGCUUAUUUUUGUGAAGACUAGUAGCUGCAAGGUAGUUAUUUUUUCUUAAUAAACCUAGCUGUACUGUUGCCUCAAUAAAAGGUAUAGAUAUUUGUUUACACCAGUUAUUUAUAUGUAUUUUUAAGCAAAAUAAAUGUGGCAAAACUAAAACGCAGAAGUACUGCGAUCAGAGUCGUAUUUGCAAAUCAACUAUUAUAAAAAUAUAAAAGUUA